UACAGAAAGAAACAUGGCGGGCCGGGUAGGAGCGAUUCUGAAGAACGUUUGGAACAAGGAGCCCGUAGUCACGGCUGCGUGUGCCCUGGGGGCUUUAGCACUUGUUGUUCCAUUUGUUAGUCCUGUCACAAAAUACGCAGGCAUGAUAAACCAGGCGACCCCAUACAAUUACCCAGUUCCGGUUCGGGACGACGGCAACGUGCCCGAUAUUCCGUCUCAUCCGUGUGAUCCUCAGGGACACAAUCUGAACUGGCUGAAGAAUUUGUGAAGGAUCCUUGAGCCCGCUGUACAGAUCACAACCGCAUGUCUUCUCUCCUCCCCUCCCUCCCUCUGACUCUUCUAAACAGAGAUCGACCAAUAAUAAAGCUUCUUUA